GGAACACCCCGAGCCCCGCGGGGAACACCCGCGGCCAUGGCGAGCCGGCCGGGCAUCAGCACCGUCACCUACGUGUUCGUUUACAGCCCCGCCGGCCCCGCCGCGCCGCCCGCCGGUCCCGGUACCGAGCCCGCACCCCACGCCGCGCCCGCCCCGCUGCGCGGGCCCAAGCGGAAGCUUUACAGCGCCGUGCCCGGCCGCAAGUUCAUCGUGGUGAAGAGCUACGCGCCGCAGGGCGAUGGCGAGAUCCAGCUCAACCGCGGAGAGGCCGUCAAGGUGCUGAGCAUCGGCGAGGGCGGAUUCUGGGAAGGCUCCGUGAAGGGCAGGAGCGGCUGGUUCCCGGCGGAAUGCGUGGAGGAGGUGCAGAUGCGCCAGUACGACUCCAGGCAAGAAACCAGGGAGGACCGGACCAAGCGGCUUUUCCGGCACUACACCGUCGGAUCCUACGACAACUUCACCUCCCACAGUGACUACAUCAUCGAGGAGAAGACGGCCGUGCUGCAGAAGCGGGAGCAUGAGGGCUUCGGCUUCGUCCUGCGUGGGGCCAAAGCCGAGACCCCGAUCGAGGAGUUCACGCCCACGCCGGCAUUCCCAGCGCUGCAGUACCUGGAAUCCGUGGAUGUGGAAGGAGUCGCCUGGAGAGCGGGAUUGCGCACGGGGGACUUUCUGAUCGAGGUGAACGGAGUGAACGUGGUGAAGGUGGGGCACAAGCAGGUGGUGGCGCUGAUCCGGCAGGGCGGGAAUCACCUCCUGAUGAAAGUCGUGUCCGUCAGCCGCAAGCCCGACUCCGAGGAGGGAUCCCGCAAAAAGGCUCCGCCGCCGCCCAAGAGAGCGCCCAGCACCACCCUCACGCUGCGCUCCAAGUCCAUGACGGCCGAGCUGGAGGAGCUGGCCUCCAUGCGGAGAAGGAAAGGGGAGAAGCUGGAUGAGAUCCUGGCGGCCACCGAGCCGGCGCUGAGGGCGGAGCUGGUGGAGGCCGAUUCCAGAGCGGCCACGGUGAAACAGCGCCCGACCAGCCGGAGGAUCACCCCUGCGGAGAUCAGUUCCCUGUUUGAGCGCCAGGGAAUGGCGCAUUCCGGGGUCCUGGCGGGAACGGAGAAACCCCACGUGUCCCUCCGGAAGGGAAUUCCACGGACCAAGUCUGUAGGGGAAGACGAGAAGCUGGCCGCCUCCUUGCUGGACGGGAAGUUCCCGCGGAGCACCUCCAUGACGGACACGGUCCGGGAAGGCCACGGGAUCCCCCCUCCCCCGCAGACCGCCCCUCCCCCGCCGCCCUCCCCCUAUUACUUCGACACCGGUCCCCCUCCGUCCUUCUCGCCGCCGCCGCCGCCGGGCCGGGCCUACGACACCAUCAGGUCCAGCUUUAAGCCGGGCUUAGAAGCCAAACUGCACGGGCUGCCGCAGGUGCUGAGCGCGGCCGAGAUGUACGACCAGGCCAGGGGCUCCAUGCCCUACCCCGAGCGGCAGAAGAGGGCCCGCUCCAUGAUAAUCCUCCAGGAUUCCUCCCACCUCCCCGUGGAACCCACCGAGAUCCCCCGGCCCGGCCCGGCGGUGACGCCUCCGGAGAAGCUCAAGAGGAAGGGCCGGGUCAUCGACAACCCCUACGCCAACAUGGGCCAGUUCAACGUCAGCCUCUUCGCCCCCACCAAGCCGCAGAGGAAGAAGAGUCCCCUGGUCAAGCAGCUCCAGGUGGAGGACGCCCAGGAACGGGCGGCCUUGGCCAUCACCGGCGGCUACUCCUCCCGGGAGCCGUCGCCCACGCGCCGGAGCCACCGCCUGGACUACCAGCACCACCCCGGCAUCGCUCAGGUGGAAGCCGCCGGCCUCCCCUUCGCCACCGCCAUCGCCGCCGGCGUCAUGAAGGACCGGGACCGGCGGCUGGACGAGAGGAGGAAAUCCACGGUGUUCCUGUCGGUGGGAGCCAUCGAGGGGCCGGCGCCGGGCGGCAGCGAGAUGCCGUCGCUGCAGCAGUCGCGCUCCAUCGACGAGCGGCUCCUGGGCAGCCGGGAUGUCCUCCUGCCGUCGCCCGUGUCAGCUUUAAAGCCAUUAAUCAGCAGCUCCUCCUCAACCUUCAUCCACCCCCUGACGGGAAAGCCCCUGGAUCCCAACUCGCCCCUGGCGCUGGCGCUGGCCGCAAGGGAACGGGCGCUGUCCACCCAAGUCCCAUCCCGGUCGCCCACCCCGAUCCACAGCCCCGACUCGGACAGAGCCGCGCCCCUGUUUGUGGACAUCCAAACCAAAGAACCGGACAGGGGGGACUUGGAGAGCUUGGUGUCCCCCGCCUACUCCCCCGGCGGGAAGGUGGUGAUGGCGGCCGACGCCGGCGCUCUGACCCCCACCAAGAGCCCCUGGGCGACUCCCACCACCCUGCGGAAGGAGCCCGAGAUGCGAGCGGAGCCGCCGGGCAAGGAGGAGAAGAAACCCGAGGACAAGAAGUCCAUGAUCAUCAGCAUCGUGGACACGUCGCAGCAGAAGACCGCCGGCCUCAUCAUGGUCCACGCCACCAGUAAUGGCCAAGACGAGAUAGGCCUGGAGAUCAAAGAGGAGAGCCCGGCCGUGCCCGAGGUCUGCGCCGAGCCGGCCGAGUCCCCCAAGGCCGAGCCCCAGCCCAGCCCCGUGGGGAAGCCGCCGGCCAGCCCGGCCUCAGAGAAGGCGCUGGGCCAGGGCAGCUCGGAGGAGGAGGUGGAGCCCUACACGGUGACCCUCCCGCCGGCCCAGCUGUCCUCCAGCGACGAGGAGACCCGCGAGGAGCUGGCCAAGAUCGGGCUGGUGCCGCCCCCGGACGAAUUCGCCAACGGGGUGCUGGUGACCACCCCCGGCACCCCCGUGAGCCACCUGGCCGCGCCCGGCACGCCGUCCCUGCCAGCGGCAGCAGUAGCACCUUCUCCCCCCGGCGCGACACCCUCAGGGAAGCCCUCGGACGCCCCCGCGGCCCCGGAGUCGGCGGCGGACUCGGGAGUGGAAGAGGUGGACACCAGGAGCUCCAGCGACCACCACCUGGAGACCACAAGCACCAUCUCCACGGUCUCCAGCAUGUCCACGCUGUCCUCGGAGAGCGGCGAGCCCACCGACACCUACACGUCCUUCGCCGACGGCCAAACUUUUCUACUCGAGAAGCCACCAGUGCCUCCAAAGCCCAAACUCAAGUCCCAGCUCAGCAAGGGGCCGGUUACUUUCAGGGACCCACUUUUGAAGCAGUCUUCGGACAGCGAGCUCAUCUCCCAGCACCACGCGGCCACGCUGGCGGCCACCAGCGCGGCCCGGCCACGCUACCUCUUUCAGAGAAGGUCCAAGCUAUGGGGGGACCCCAUGGAGAGCAGGCCCGGCCACGGGGCCGAAGAGGACAAACCAACUGUGAUCAGCGAGCUGAGCUCCCGCCUCCAGCAGCUCAACAAGGACACGCGCUCCUUGGGCGAGGAACCAGCCGGCUCCACCCUGGAUCCCGGCAAGAAGUCGCCGGUGGUGGCCGCACGACUUUUCAGUAGUUUAGGCGAGCUCAGCACCAUUUCCCAGCGCAGCUCCGGCACCACCUUCACCGUGCGGCCCGGCAGCCGCUACCCCGUCACCCGCCGCACGCCCAGCCCCGUCAAACCCGCGGCGCUGGAGCGGCCGGAGCCCCUCAGCACCGUCCGGCCCUACGGCCUGACGCCCCCCACCAUCCUCAAAUCCUCCAGCCUCUCCAUCCCCCACGAGCCCAAGGAAGUCCGCUUCGUGGUCCGCAGCGUCAGCGCCCGCAGCCGCUCCCCGUCACCGUCACCGUCACCGGGGCCACCGCUGCACACGCUGCACCCGCCCAGGCCCUUCAUGCAGAAGCCGCUGCACCUGUGGAACAAGUACGACGUGGGGGACUGGCUGGAGAGCAUCAACCUGGUGGAGCACCGGGACAAGUUCGAGGACCACGAGAUCGAGGGCACCCACCUGCCCGCCCUGACCAAGGAGGACUUCGUGGAGUUGGGGGUGACCCGCGUUGGGCACCGCAUGAACAUCGAGCGGGCGCUGAAGCAGCUGGUGGACAGCUGACCGCGUCCCCAGCCGCCGUGGGAAGGGCGGGCCGGCAUUCCCAAGCCAAGAAAACCCACUGGGAUUCUCCUUCUCCUUUCUCCGAGCGCUGCACUGAGGGUGCGGAGCCGCCCCCCGGCUCCCGCCCGCUCCCCGGCCCAGGAAUGUUGCAUGAAAUUCCUCCUCGCUCCCGUCCUCCCGGAGAGCCCGGCUGGAGAUCGCUCCGUGUGCCCCGCCAGGGUGGCACCGGUGGUGGCACCUCGGGGGUGACCACGGCCCAGAGCCCCCGAGCCGCCGGGUGGCACCUCCUGGGUGGCACUGCCAGGCUGAGAGGUGGCCCAAGGUCCUGACGAGUCCCAGGUGUCCCUGGCAGGCUCAGAGGUGGCUCCGGGUCCUGAUCCCCCCCAGAUGUCCCUGCAGGGAGGUGGCCCCGGGUCCUGACACCCUCCAGGUGUCCCUGGCAGAGUCACAGGUGUCCCUGGCAGGGUCACAGAUGUCCCUGCCAGGCUGAGAGGUGGCCCCGGGUCCUGACACCCUCCAGGUGUCCCUGAUGGGAGAUGGCCCCGGGUCCCCCCAGGUGUCCCUGACAGGGUCACAGAUGUCCCUGCCAGGCUCAGAGGUCGCCCCGGGUCCCCCCCAGAUGUCCCUGCCAGGCUCAGAGGUGGCCCCGAGUCCCCCCCAGAUGUCCCUGCAGGGAGUGUCCCCAUCUCCUGAUCCCCACCCAGAUGUCCCUGUCAGGCUCAGAGGUGACCCCGGGUCCCCCCCAGAUGUCCCUGGCAGGGUCACAGAUGUCCCUGCAGGGAGUGUCCCCAUCUCCUGAUCCCCACCCAGAUGUCCCUGUCAGGCUCAGAGGUGACCCCGGCUCCCCCCCAGAUGUCCCUGGCAGGGUCAGAGGUGGCCCAAGGUCCCUCCAGAUGUCCCUGGCAGGCUCAGAGGUGGCCCCAGGUGUCCCCGCAGGGAGGUGGCCCCGGCUCCCCCCCAGGUGUCCCCAUCGGGCUCGGAGGUGGCGGCUCCAGCGGCGCUCCCGGAGAAAGGAAGGAAGGAAAGGAGGAAGGAAUGAAAGGAAGGAAGGAAAGGAGGAAAGGAAGGAAGGAAUGAAAGGAAGAAGGGCCGGGACGGCUCCAGCGGCGGCCGUGCCACCCCGAGCCGUGCCAGGCCGUGCCAGGCCGUGCCAGAAGAGCCCCCCAGGCAGGCGGAUCCCCCCGGACUCUGAGCUGCGGGUGAGAGGGAGCGAGGAGCGCAUGGAUCGAAGCAUGUUUGGGAAUAUCGGGAGCCUGGGGGGUGGGGGGGGACGAAUCCCGCAGCAAAAACAAAAAAAAAGCAACAAAAAACUAACAAAAACAACAAAAAAAAGCUUUGGCAAAAUUAGAGGGGAGGGGGCGGGGGGGGUGGGAAAAGUUUGAUUUUUCUCUUGGCUUGGGGUCUUGUUUUUCCAAAGUGGGGGGAAAAGCGUUGAUGGGAAAUUAUUUAAUCUCCGUGCAUUUAUCUAGAGAGCAGCUGAUAAACCCCACGAGAUAACGAAUUCCAGGAUCCUCCCCCCCCUCCCUCUCCCCCACCCCAAAAUCCUGCUCAUCCCUCGUUUUGCAUCUUUUUAAGCAGCUCUAUAUUUGGAAAGAGAGAAUAUCUAUAUAUCUAUAUCUCCAGAGCUAUAGCCACCUGAUUUUUGUUAGGAUUUUCCUAAAAAAAAAAAUAAUUCUUAUCUCUGGACUGGAGGAGACGCUCCCGGGACGCCCGUGGCUCGUGGGAGUUUUUAAGCGACUGAAUGAAUGUGAAAAAGUCUUUUUAAACACACCACAAAAACCCCUAAAAUCCCCCCUCCCCCCCCCCAAAAAACAGCUCUUUUCAGACGCUCUGGAUUUGUGAAAGAUUCAGAGAAAUCACAAAAACACACGCACACACACACAAAAAAAGCAAAAAAAAAAGCCAAAAAAAAAAACCAAACAAAACCACAAACUUGCGUUUUGGGACACACCGAGUCUUCCAGGCACACAGCAGGGAGGUCCCCGGGGGUCGCGACCCCCAAUUUUGGGGGGGGGGGGGGUCCCAGGGCUGGUGGUGGUGGCCACGGGGACAAUGCCCGGGGGAGGUGUCCCCAGUGCCACCCGCGUGUCCCCCGGGCCGGGGUGACCAGGGCGUGCCCGGCUGGCCGGGAGGGGAGGGCUCGGUGGUCCCAAAAGCCGAGGCCCCCAGGAAGGCA